AUGCAAAAUUCCUUUCAAUCUGAGAUUGAUAGUGACGCUGCAAGGAGUGCCACUCGACCUACUGUGAGCGCCAUCGCUCGCCGUAUUCAUGGCUGGUCCUGGCAGGCGUUCCCCAUUGGAAUGGGCACAGGGGCUGUCUACGUCACCCUAGCCGGUCUGAAGGAUCAUUCCAAUGCCCUGACGACAGUCGAAACGGGAUUCUACUUCAUAAACAUGGCUCUUUUUGUUCUCAACUCCGUCACUCUUUUACUACAAGCUAUCCUGUAUCCUCGUCAAGCAUGGAGACUAAUACAGGAUCCCGUCAAAGGCGUCUUUGUCCCAUUGAUCGUACUCUCUUUCGCCACUAUUAUCAUUGGAACCAUCAAUUACGCUAUUCCCUCGGGGCAUGUGAGUCCCGAGUUCAUAUACGCACUGUUCUGGGUGUAUAUUGUCUUUGCCCUUAUAACCUGCUUCCCUAUGAUCGUCAUAUGGUUCAACAAACCCCACGAUUUGACGCAUUUCACUCCUGCUUACGCUUUCCUAAUCUUCCCUAUGAUGCUGGUUGGCGUUGUCUCAUUCAACGUUUUGAGGGUAAUUGAGGCGUCGGAUCCGAGAGCCCUGGGCGUGCUUCUUGUUGGUUAUUUCUUCCAAGGUCUUGGAUUUUUCAUGACCUUCUUCUAUCUCUGCAUCUAUGUUAUUCGAGUCAUGAUGACUGGCUUCUUGGAAGGACACCAAGCAAACGGAGCUUUCGUAGCCUGUGGUCCUCCCGGAUUCACAGCACUGGCUUUGAUCAACCUGGCAGAUCAUGCUAGAGAAAUCCUUCCCGUAUAUGGAUAUGUCUCCGAGAACGUGGGUGAAAUCUGGUACGCCGGAAGUGUCCUAGCUGGUCUGUUGCUCUACGGACUUGCCGUCUUUUUCUUCGUUUUCGGCCUUUUUCCGUACUGGUUCAAGCUUCACAAGCACCUCAACGAGAUCCUAGGCUGUUGGGCUCUGACAUUCCCUAACGUUGGCUGGAUUGCGACUACCCGUCUAAUGGGAGAUAUUUUCAAUAUCGAAGGUCUUUACAUCGUCCACAUGGCCAUGGCCAUUCUCAUGGUCUUCACUUGGCUUUCCCUCUUCAUUCUCACUAUCAUUGCGUUUUGGAGAGGUCUCAUCUUCAAAUCUAAGGAGGAAGACGUCCUCAAGGACACUCUUCCUUCUUACGAUGAGCAUCAAGAAAGGGGAACCCCUCUUGUGGUUGACGAGGAGAAAGGUAUCUCCACGCCUAUGAUGUCGGAGUCCAAACCCGAGUACUUGCCGUGA